AUGUCCAGUAAACCACGUACGGGCUGGAUUCAAAAUCUUAAUAAAGAACAGAUUAUCAACGAACUAAGAAAACGUGAAGUAAAGUUUCAAGAAAAAGAUUCGUACGACAAACUAAGAGAGCUUCUUAGAGUUACGAUCAAAGGUGAAACAAAAAAAGUGCUACAUUCAGAAACGAAAAGUUCGAGCGACGAGGAGCAAGAGCAGUCGGACGAGUCCAAUAUUGAGCAGUCGGACGUGUCCAUUAUUGAGCAGUCGGUCGAGUCCAGUAUUAUAGCAGACGAGCAAGAAAACGACGAAAUGGCGGACGUUAAAAUGGAGUUUCAUCUAGACAAUGACUGGGAACUUUUUGAAGAGAAAUUGUGCUGCUACUUUAUCACAAAGAAAAUAGAAGAUGAUAGAACGAAAGUGGCAACAUUAGUAACGCGAUUAAGCACGGAGGCUUACGCGCUUUUAAAACACCUAAUAGCACCAGCAAAAGUUAUUGAUAAAACAUAUGCAGAAGUAGAAAAGGUUAUGACCGACCACUUGAAGCCGAAGCCAUCACAAGCAAUGGAAAGGUGUACAUUCAACAAUGCCAAGCAGCAGCAAAACGAGACUGUCGCUGAGUUUACAGCAAGGUUGAAGAAAUUAGCUCUAAAUUGUGAUUUCGAUAAACUGGAGGAAGCGCUCAGAGAUCAGCUGGUGUGCGGGCUAAGUGAUCAAGACACGAAAGUAAAACUUUUCGAAGCGAAAAAUUUAACCUUAGAAACAGCGGUGGAUAUUGCAGUGUCCAGAGAAGCAGCUAUCAAAAGUGCAGCAGCAACUAGCAGCACGCUAGAGAAAAAUAGGACGAAAAAUGAAGUUUAUUUAAUUUCAAACGGAUCACCACAGAAGUGGCAGCAGCGAAAAGGAGGCAAAUAUGGGAAAACGAACGGCGGAGAUCGGAAGCAACACCAACAACUACAUCUACAGCAACAGCCGAAGCAGAGGUCGGGCGACACAUCGAACCAGCAGGCACUAGUGUGUUAUUGUUGUGGUAAGCCGAACCACAUAAGCCGCGAGUGUCGCUACCGCGAUUACGUGUGCCGAAAUUGUAACGUGAAAGGUCACUUGGCUAAAGCAUGCAGAAGUAAAAAUAGUGUACCUGCAAACCGUGAUAGUGUCAAGAAAAUUUCGUCAACGAAUGAGUCUGAUGGUAUAGAGGCGCACGAAAGUAAUUUUUUUAAAAUUAAGCAAAGUUUUGUAAGUAGCGCUAGUAGAAAUAAAAUCGAACGCACGGUGAAUUAUAGUCAUGCAAGCGUUGAUAAGUCGGGUAUUAUUCCAAUGUUUGUAAACAUAAAUGUAAAUGGUAAAGAUAUUGAUUUCGAAGUAGACACGGGUACUUUUGCUACAGUUAUUUCAGAAGAAAUUUACAAUGGAUAUUUUAAUAACAUUAAAAUCUCUAAAACAGAUAAAGAUUUAAGAGCUUACGGUGGUCAGCCAUUAGUACCGAUAGGAGAGCUGAUUAACCUAACAGCUGUUUAUAGAAAUAAGAAAAGAGUCGUAAAGUGUUUUGUUUUGCCAGGUGCAGGUCCAGCAUUAAUGGGACGAGAGUGGCUCAUGCAAUUCGGAGCAUGGCCAUUGACUAUUCCAGAGUCGAAUCCGCUUGAUGUAAACAAACUAGACACCGACUUGCAUGACUAUAUAACGAAAAGUUAUGAAAUUCUGUUUGACGAUUCACCGGGCAUGUAUAAUAAGAGUACUACAAAAAUUCAUUUAAGAGAAAACACGAAACCUGUUGCGCUGAAGUGCAGACACGUCGCGCAUGCGUUGAAGCCGAUGGUAGAGAAAGAAAUAAAUAGACUUGUGAAGUUAGGACAUUUGAAGCCGGUAGACGUCGCGGAAUGGGCUACGCCUAUUGUGCCGGUACUGAAGGGCAACGGGGAUAUCCGCAUUUGCGGAGAUUUCAAAUUGACGCUCAACCCAAGUAUCGUUGUUGAUAAAUAUCCACUCCACACGAUAGAUGAUAUUUUUACCAUACUUCAAGGGGGUGUGUUUUUCUCGGAAUUAGACUUGAAACAUGCGUAUAUGCAGUUUCCAGUAGAUAGAAAAAGUUCGGAAUUAUUGACUAUUGUUACGCAUAUGGGUUUAUUUAGAUAUACGAAGAUUCCCGAAGGUGUUUCGCCAGCGCCAGCCGACGUGCAGCGCAAGAUGGAUGAAUGUUUGCGCGGAAUUGAAGGUGUUAUUGCGUUCCUAGACAAUAUAUAUAUAACGGGAAAGACAGAAGGUGAACAUCGCGAAAAUUUGAGAAAAGUAUGUGAGAGAUUAGUUGAAUGUAAUUUGCGAUUAAAUUUGAAAAAGUGUAAAUUUAUGGAAGCCAGAAUUGAAGUCUUAGGAUUUGUUAUCGAUAAACACGGCUUGCAUAAAUCGAGAUCAAAGAUUAAUGCAAUGAUAGAUGCACCACAUCCUAGUAAUGCAAAAGAACUAGCGUCAUUCCUGGGGCUUGUAAACUUCUACGCACGAUUUUUAAAUAACCGUUCCAGGAAUUUGAAACCUUUAUAUGAUUUAUUGAACGGAAAUAUUCCGAGUUGGAACGAUUCGUGCGAGGAAGCUUUCAAGUGGGUUAAAAACGAGUUGAUCGCGCCGAAUUUUUUAGCGCAUUAUGAUCCGAAAGAACAGAUUGUACUUGCGUGUGACGCAUCCGAUUAUGGGUUAUCUGCAAUUUUAUCGCACCGGUAUGGAGACGGUACAGAAAGACCAAUAGCUUAUGCAUCCAAAAAGAUACCCGCGACCGAAAUAAAACGCGCGAUUAUAGAUAAAGAAGCAAUGGCAAUUGUUUUUGGGUUUAAGCGGUUUUACCAAUUUGUUUUUGGAAAAGAGGUUACCCUGCGUACGGAUAAUAAACCUUUAGAAUUAAUUUUUGGCCCAAGAAAGGGUAUACCGCAAACGGCAGAUAAUAGGCUGCAGCGCUAUGCUUAUUUUCUCUCCGGAUUCAGAUAUCGAAUAGAACAUGUGAAAUCCGAGAGAAAUGCGAAUGCGGAUGCAUUGUCGCGGCUACCAGUGGAGGACACCACGGAUAUUUCGGAAAU